AUGGGCGCAGUAGACCCGGGCAAAGCAAGUUGCUAUGCAGGAGGAGUGCUGCUGGGAAUAGGCUGGUGGAUCAUGGCAGACGGGGCAGCCCUCUGCGGCCUACCACAACUCGCACAUCUCUUUCGACGCGGUGAAGUACCUGCCCGGCAUUGUCGCUACACUCGCAUUCUUCCUAGUCAGUACAGUGGACUGGAACAUGCUGUCAGAGACACUCGCUUUACCUAUGGCUCAGAAGUAGCCACUCGCGCUCGAUGCUUCGUGGUACUUUGCAUGGCUGUGUCAGUGGCUGCACUGAACGGGCUCAUCGUUAUGGGUACUUUCGUCAUGAGAGCUGGUACGAUCGCUGCAGCAUCGACGUACUAG